CCGUCUCUUGAAAAAAAUAUAGAAAAUCAACUUCAAAAGUUAAAAGAAAACUUUAUUACAUUUUUUAGAAAUGACCGGCAAUAAAAUGCUCUUCCAAACAGUAUUAAAUACUUUGCAACGCUAUAAUCGAUUGUCAAGUAUACGUACUUACUGUACAAGUAAGGAAACUGUCAGUCCUGCUAUAGCUAAGCGCAAUGAAUUGUUUACAGAAGAGCAACGCCGGCAAAAGGCAGCUGUUGGUAGAGUAGAAAAAAUUGAAGUACGUUAUUUGGGUUUACCGGAGGAUGCCACACUAGCUAUGAAUGCCCAUAUAUCUACGCCUUACAAUUGUGCGCAACAUUUAAGUGAUGGACAUUGCAAACGUUCCGCUUUAGCAUUGAAAGAUGGCAAUGUGCCGUGGGAUAUGCACCGACCGCUAACAGAAUCUUGUACGUUACAGCUGCUUAAUUUUACAGUAGCUGAUCCGCAUUUAAUAAAUAAAGCUUUCUGGCGCACAUGCAGCUUCAUGUUGGGCGCAGCACUCGAAAACAGCUUUACUGACGAAGCACAUUUGCAAUUACACAGUUUUCCAGGACCAAAUAUCAAAUCUGGCAGUUUUGUUUAUGAUAUAGUGCUGCAGGCGCAAUCUUGGCAACCUACCAAAGCUGAAAUGCGUGCUCUGUCCGCAGCGAUGAUUAGGUUAGCCGCCAAAGAUUUGAAAAUCGAACGUCUCGAUGUAAAUAACGAGCUAGCGCUGGAAAUGUUUGCCGAUUCGCGUUACAAACGUGAGCAGGUGCCCAGCAUUGCACAACAGAAUCAGGGACGUGUCACGGUUUAUCGCAUGGGCACACAUAUAGAUAUAUCGCGUGGUCCAAUGGUGGCAUCAUCACGUUUUCUUGGCAAAUGUACCGUGGCAGCAGCGCACAAAAUUGCCAAUGAGGGUGAUAAAGAUGCUUUGUAUCGUGUGCAAGGUGUUGGCUUGCCGGCUGGCUUUACCUUGGAUCAUGUGUCGUAUGGCACGUUGGAGGAACGCGCUAAGAAAUUGAACUCUGCGCGCUUGCCUAAUGAACCUUUUGAAGAACAACACCAACAGAUAGCUUGAAUAACCUGAAUUGCAUUAUUUAGUAAAAAAAAGCAUUUUUGUUUUGUUUUAAUUGUAAUAAAUAAUUAAA